UGGCUGAGUCAGAUGGACUGCGCCCAACUCAGAAUGACACAGGCAGGCACACCAACUUUUCUGAAAUCACACUGGCAGGAAACAUCUAGAGGACUCCUAAAAUACACCGAAAAACAACAUUGGGGACUGUAAAGAAAAUAGUUGAAGGAUAUCAGGAAGAUGGAGGAGUGUGAGAUUCUGGAUUCCGAGGGGACAGAGCUUCAGGAGUUAAUGAGCCAGGACGAUGACGACGAGGUGGAGGAACUGCAAAACAGUCUGCGAGAGGUUGUCCAAGACCAGUCUGUGAAGCCAAAGUUCCAGUGCCUGAUGGUGGAUGCGUCAUUCUCCAUGGUAACUGUUCAGAGCGAGGACAGCGGUAUUGUCUGGGAGACGGCCUCCAGCCGCUGCUCUACCCCUUGGGCCUCUGAAACCAGCUCCACCUCCGAAGCCUACAGCAUGGAGGGCUCUGGAGCUGCAGGAAAGAUCACCAUCGUCUUUGAUGAGGAAAAAAUAGUCCGGAAGAGGACGAGGUCCGGAAGGAGCAGCCGUCUCGGAGACAGGCUAAGCCGACCUGGUAGUUCAAGAUCUGCUUCAGCCCUGGGAGUGGAGCGGCCGGAGAUGGCGGAGAUUUCUCUUCCCAAUGUCAAACUGGACAAAACGGAAACAGAGCCCGACUUAGAGGAAAUCAGAAACAAAGAUCAGCAGCUGUUUAGUUUGAUUUCAGAGGGUUAUGAGAUUCUCAACAUCAGAGUCCCCUCCAAACUCCCCACUGUGGAUGAGGAAGAGAGCACAGAGCUGCAGGACAAUUUAUCUUAUUUGGACCAGACUCCGAAGAUCAGGUCCGGAAACAGAAACGACUGGAGUCUGCAACCGAAUCCUGCACUGCCAAAGGAGGGGGAGUUACUGGAUGACCAGAAGACCUUAAAGCGAGACUGUUCAGCGGACACAGGGCUCGGAAACACACCCUCUCAGAAAGAGAGCACUGGCGACAUAGAUUACUUUGAGAAGUUCACCUUAGUUGAUGUGGUAGUUCCUGGAGAACAAGCUCCAGAGUUGCAGGAGGACGCAGAACAGCCGCAGGCAAAGCCCAAAGCUGAGGAGCAAAAGCCAGCUAAGGAGGCUGACAGAAACAGCCCCUCUGCAUCAGAAGACUCCUUUGUCUUUGUUACGGAUGUGGAUAUAGCGGGGGAACACCUCGACGAGGUCUUCUAUGGAGCAGGAGCUCCUGACGAUGCAUUGCAGCAGCGUGGAGAGGAUGAGGCUGAGAGUGGGACGAGAAGGAGACGACCGAGCCACAGAUCUCUGAUGGAGAAUGGUUCAAGGUUGUUUGGGGCUGAAGACACUGUUCUCACGCCAAUUUUUCUCUCCCCUGGACCCCCUAAAAUCAUUGACCAGAUCCUGCUGGACGAGCCUACUGCCAUGUCCUUUAUGUACUCAGACCUUUACGAGGACGCUGUCGGCGAGAGGAGGAAGAGUGACGAGGAACGCUCUGAGGCAGAGAGCAUGGCGUCUGAGAAAACAUAUAAGAGACGUUUGUCUGAUUCAGAUGAGGCAGACGGAUACCUGGAGAAGUUUAUUUUGAAGGAUGAAACCUCCACAGUGCAGGUCGAGCCAGAGUCAGUGGAAGAGAACAGGGAGGGGAGGAUGAUGUGGUCGCAGAGUAAGUUUGACAUGACAGGAUGCCUGACAAGAGUGACGACAGAAGAUGACGAAGACAAGUCAAAGACAGAGGAUCCAGAGACAAGAGAGGUCAGUGUUGGGGAUGGGAGCGACAAUUUGCAAUCAGCCACUUUGGAAGGAAGGAGUGAAAUAAUUACAGAGGCAAAAAAGGAGCUGAAAGAAAUACAAGUGUCCAUUGUGACUGAAGGGGAGUCACAUGAUUCCAUUGAGGCCUCCACGCUGAGAGAGGAUCAGAUGGAGGACCAGGGGGUGAAAUGUGGGGGAAAGAUCAAGGCUCCAGAGAGCAGCGUUGAUAAACCACUGAUUGAAACUCAGAAGGUAGACGUAGUAGAAGUAGAGAAAGCAGAGGAGCGUGCGGAGCAUCCGGCUGAAGUGCCGCCAGAAACCACCAGUGUUGUUCAAACUGAGCAGCCGCGUGACGCUCAGGUGGUUUCAAAUGCUGCAGGAGAGACAGCUGCGGCAGCACCUGUAAGCAGCGAGGCGCCUCACAUCACUGACAUCUGUUUGUCUAAAGAGGCCGCUACAGACACCGAGAUGAUGGCUGAUGAUGAGAAAGAGGCCUCAGCUGGAGAGAAACAAAUGGAGACAUCGGCUCAAACCUCUCUGUGUGAGAAAAACGAAGCAGCAGAUGUCGUGCCCGGGGAUGUUCUAUCGUUUGAGGUCAUCACCGAGUGUGAUUCUGCAGUACAGGCGUUAGUGGAGGUGAGUGAAAAAACAGUGGAUGAAACAGAAAUCCAAACGGAAAUUCAGAUCGAUCUCCGGGAAGCAAUAAGUGUUGAGACAACAGAUGAAGAAGAAAAAGCUGGUGUUUUAGCAGAAGGAGCUGCAGUGGAGGGCACGUCGCCUACAUUAAUUACUGAAGGUUAUCAGGAAACAGAAGUGGAAGCAGAGAUUUUAGGUGAAGUAACCGAACCUGCGAUGUUAGAUGAAGUAAAAAAAGAUUCAGAUAAAUCGCAGAUUUCAAAUAGUGAAUCCAUGGAGCAUCAACAGGAGGAGCCAGUAGCUGAUAGUGAGCUAAAAGCCACAGAGGACACUGGGAAUGUUACUCAGGAAAAAGUACACAUGGAUGAUGAGUUAGUCCUCCUUGUCCCCAAAGGACAAGCUGUAGAGAUGGACAUAGAGAUCAGUCAGUUAUCACAGAAGACUCCAAGUGAUCCAGAAGCUCUCUCUGAACCUGACAGACUCACAGCACCUGAAACCCCCACAACGCGCCAUGAGUCUCCUCAGGCCCCGACUGAACGAACAGGGACACGGCCUCGGCUGGAAGUUACACGGGACAAAGUUCUAAAGGAAGACACACUGUCAAUACAUCAGGUAGACAGUGGGUUCACGCCUCCAGCAGCUGAGGAGGAGGCCUACGCAGAUGCGCCCAAGGAGAGGAGCGACUUUGAGGAAGUCGAGGGCGAGUUCCUCGCUCUGAGGAGCCUGACUCCACAGGAGGAUUUGUCAGGGAGCCACAGUGAGGACAGGAAGUCAGGAGAAGCAGAGGCAGAACAAAAGGCAGAGAUUCACAACGAGGGUGACGCCCCAGAAACCUGCAUUACACGCGUUACACAGCAUUUGAGUAAAGAGAUCGAUGAGCACAGGGAGGAUGUCGAACCGAAGCACGACCAGACACCUGCAGAGGCCACAGAGGUGACAGCUGAUGGGCUCGAAUACGAGAUUAUAUCGAAACAAGAUGCCGAAGGAAUGCCGGAACCGGACACGCAGAGAAAUGUAGAGGAACCACUUCUGGAGUCCGGGCAGGAGAGAGAUGAGGGGAUGGAGAUGGAGAUGGAAGAAGAGGAAGAGGAGGAGAAGGUCCUUGAUGAUGAGUUCAUAGAGGCGGACUAUGAGAUCAUUGAUGCAGAGGAAGAGAGCCAGGCCCGACUGGCUGCUGAGCUGCAGCAGAUGGACAGGUUCUGUAUCACCUGUGGAUGUCUGCUGUCAGAGGACGACUGUUUGUCUGGAGAGCAUCAACACCACGAGGUUGCUGCUGUGGACCAAGCCUACGAGGAGAUAAAGGAGAAGCUGAGUGACUGGAUCUCAGAGCUUCAGGCGAGGUCAGAGAACAUCGAGGACCUGGUGUCUGAACUCGAAAUGGCCUACAACUCUGUAGAGGACCAGUGUGUGGAGAGCGAGGCAGCCAUGCAGGCCCAGAAUGAGGAGACGAAGGCUCUGGUGAUGGAGCAGUACAACGACAUGUCUGUCAGCAUGGAAGAGGAGAAGAAGGCCAAACUGGAGCAGCUGUAUGACCAGAUUGUCGCCUUGCAGGAGAGCAUCGACACCGCCAAGGCCACUCUGGAGACCACGGCCCGCGAGGCCGAGACUGACGCACGGUCACCUGAAGACAUAAAUGCAAGGAUCAAGGCAACCCUGGACUCGGCCAUGUCACUGGAGCUGGGGCCAAAGGGACUACUGGUGUUCGAGGACUAUGCCAGGGGCAACGGCUCUAGCUCUCACCUCGCACAACGCAAGGGAAUCCCAGUGCCUCAGAGGCCUACGCUGCAGCCUCAGGAGACUGGCUUAGCCACUAGCACCAGUGUCACGGUUUACUGGAAGGUCAACCCUGGAGAUAUCAUCGACUGCUUCCAGGUCUACUGCAUGGAGGAUCUACAGGGAGCGUCCACAGCUGUGUCAGAGGAGUACCGUGUGACAGUGAAGGAGAGCUACUGUGCCCUGGAAGAGCUGGAGCCUGACAAGACCUACAAGGUGUGGGUGAUGGCUGUGAACUACACCGGCUGCUCUCUGCCCAGCGAGAGACUCUCCUUCACAACUGCUCCCUCCGUGCCGGUGAUCGAGACGGAGCGGUGCACCGUCAUGUGGGACUCGGCCACAUUGCGGUGGAGCUCAGCACAUAAGACUCCCGAGCAGAGCUACACCCUGGAGUACUGUCGCCAGUACGAACUAGAGGGCGAGGGGCUCAGGUCCAUCUCAGGUAUCAAAAGCUGUGAGCAGAGGGUCCUCCUGCAGCCCAAUGAAAGCUAUCUGUUCUACAUCAAAGCUGUGAAUGAGUGCGGAGCCAGCGAACAGAGCGAGGCCGCUCUCAUUUCCACCAAAGGAACACGGUUCCACCUGCUGAGAACCUCGGCUCACCCCGCUCUGGAGCUGUCAGCAGACCAGACCGCCGUGCACUGCCACGCGCCGUCAACAGACAAGCAGUGUCCGUCCAUCCUGGGCGAGUUGUUGCCGGCACAAGGACGUUACUACUGGGAGACCCUGGUGUCAGGAAGCACAACCUACCGGCUGGGAGUGGCGUACGACACGGCCGAUAGAAACAGCCCACUGGGAGAGAGCCACCUGUCGUGGUGUUUGCAGUGCAUCCCUACACCAUCAGGCUGCAGGUUUCAGCUGCUCCACAAGGACAUUCUGUCCAGCAUGUUUGUGAGCGAGGUGCCCGAGCGAGUUGGUACUCUCCUGGAUCACCAGCUCGGCCGCAUGUCUUUCUACAAUGGCCGAAGCGGUCAGCUGUUGGGCACUUUCUGCCAGCAGUUCACCCGGCCGUGCCACCCGGCACUGGCCCUGGAGAUGCCAGGAAGCCUGGAGGUCAGCAUGGUGCCGGAGGUGCCAGAGUUUACCAAGGACAGCUAGCUCUCGCACGCUGAGGAGUUUGCGGUUCAUGUUGGACUCAAAUUGAUUUGAAUUAUUUGAAUGUCAGAUUUGGGAAAACGACCUAAUGCAUCACUGAGAAAGCUGCAGGUAUCCCACAGCGAGCAGAGGGAACAGUUCUAGAAACAUCCGGUUCUUCUGUGGGAUUAUGUGUUUAAAUGAAAUCAAACCUGAUCAAUGCAAUUUUCUCUGAUAAACAGGAAAUCAAUUCAAUGUUGUCUUGUUAACAGCAAUGUCUUGUCUAAUAUCUUAUCUAAAAUGUCUUGUAAAUAGCAAAAACAAAGGCCGUGUUCAUGAAUUAUAACAGUGUGAAAUACAACUGGGUGGAAAUUCAGUGUCUUGUAUUAUGUUUUGUCACGGGAGAAGUGAAAUGUGAAGGAGAAGUGAAAUGUGGAUGUAACCGGGUUGGGAGGGUUUUGUACCGUUUUGUAAAUGUUCUUUGAUUUACUUUACUCUUUCUUUAAACCCUUAAGGGUACUGUAAUGUGAGUGAGGUCAAACUGCAACAUUACUGAGACAAGCGAUAGUUAAAGCCCUUUGGCGACACAGAACUUAGUGCCAUGAAAUGCACUUUGAGGCUUUUUGACUGUAUUUCAUAUUGUGAAUUUGUGUAAAUAACCUUUGUAAGAUCCUGUCAUGUGCAGCAGCAGCAAGGGAAGAUGAAUUGUUUUAAUUUCUUUCUCUUGUAAACUUGUUUUAACAUCUGAGCUAAAUGAACAUAUUUAUUUUUCUAUUUG